AUGACCCAGAAGGUGGUGCUCAUCACAGGUUGCUCCUCCGGGAUCGGCCUCGCCUUGGCUGCCCGCAUCGAGAAAGAUGAGAAGAAAAGGUUCAUGGGUAAACAGUGGCGGAGCCAGGACAUGAGGAACCUCAUGGUGGAGGCAGCAGGCCGGACUCUGGGCCGGACCCUGGCCAUCAAACAGUUGGACGUGUGUGACGGGGACUCCAUCAGAGCCUGUGUGGACAGCCUGCCGCAGCGCAGAGUGGACGUCCUAAUCAGUAAUGCUGGGAUGGGUCUGAUUGGACCAAUCGAGUGUCAGUCCAUCGAUGAGAUGAAGACUGUCAUGGACACCAACUUCUUUGGGUUUGUGCGGCUGCUGAAGGAAAUCCUACCCGACAUGAAGAGGAGGAAAAAAGGCCAUAUUGUGUUAAUAAGCAGCGUCAUGGGAAUUCAGGGAAUGUUAUUCAAUGCAGUGGAAGGCUUUUGUGAAACAGUACAAGCCCUGAGGUUCAAUCUCAAUAUUUCCCUAAUAGAGACAGGUCCAGUGAUAACAGAGUUUGAGCGUAAAGUCUAUGAUGAAGGCAUGAAGACUGACCUCAGCAAGGCUGACACAAUUACAGCUGAUAUGUUCACAAACAUCUACCUAAAGAACUACAAUCAAAUCUUUGAAAGCCUCGGGCGGACUGCUGAAGAUGUAGCAGAGCAUACUCUCAAGAUCAUCACCAUGGAGAAUCCAUCUUUCCAUCAUCAGACAAACACACUUUACACCCCCAUGACCACACUUAAAUAUGCUGACCCCAAUGGUGACCUCCCAAUCGACACGUUUUACAAGAUGGUGUUUGAACACGAGAAGGUCUUCAAUGCCAGUCUGAACUUCCUCAAACUUCUGCGCUGGAGAAGUCGAAAGAGCUUUGCCAUGGAAACUGAUAAGAGCAACUAACCCAUACAGUCUCAUCUUUAUUAUUUUUUAUGAGAUAAAGUCAUUAAGGUAUUUUCCAGCAUAAAAUGUGAAGCCUAUUUUUUUGCUCCAAGUU